UCUUUUAAUUCUGGUUGUGAUUGGUGCGGCUAAUGGGUUUUCUGUGGGUUUAGAAAGCACAUUUAUGUGAUUCAAGCUGUUGGGUUUGAUUUUGUUUUUUCUUUUGUGUUGUUUGUACUUCGUAUGUUUGGUUUUUCCUGAGUUUUUGGUAUAGGAAAGAAACGGGGUUCUUUCAUUUUGUGAAUUUUGGGUGGAGUUUUUUUAUUUUUUAUUUUUUAUGUUGAUGUUGGUAGCUGCAUUUUGUUAUGAUUGAUGGAAUCAAGUGAUGGAAGAUGAUUCUGGUUGUUUCUUGUUUGUGGUUUUGAUUUGCCCUGGAGAUUGUUUGAUUAUGGGGUCAUGGUUGGAGAAUGGAAUGGUGGGUCAUUUUUUUUCCCCCUUUUUCCUGUUGAUUUUUUCUUUUCUUUAUUUUUUUUAUCUUUUCAUUUUUGCCCCUCUUCUCUUUUCUGCUUUUAUAUGUUAUUUCUUGACCAAUAUCACCGAUAGAUGGAAUAAAAUUGCUUAUGUACUUGUUCUGUUUCUAACUUUUUGUUUGGUAAUUGGUGGUAAGUGCUUCAGUUUACCAUGUCAGUCUUCCCUUGUCUAUGGUACUAAUCAUGAUGUGUACAAACAUUGUUUGUGGACUGAGUUAAUCCUAUGCAUUGUGGAAUGGGCAUUUACUUGGUUCUUGAAUGGACUUCUUUUGUGUUUCCUGUCACUUUGGUGCUAGGGAGCCAUGGGAUUGGCAAGGGGAAGAUUAUGGUCUCCAGAAGACUUCCGAUUUUGAAAUUUCAGAAGAGCUGUGGAAUGAUGUUCCUCAAAAUGAAGAAGAUCUUUCUUACAUGUUGGAUGAUGAAACAACCCCAGUUAAGGCCUGUGGUGAUUUGGCAUAUAAUGUUAAUAAUGGUGAUUCAAAUAUACAAAAGGAACUAGAGGAAUGUAGGGAGACAUAUUCGCAAGUCAAGAGGCGGCGGAUGCUACAGUUCAACAGCCAAGACAGGGAUGAAUCUCUAUCCAAUGAAGAGAUGUCUUUGUCAUAUUUGAAAAAUGGGAAGGAGGACCCAAUUAAGGAUAUUUUUCCAGAAGUGUCGCAAUGGAUGUCGGGGGCAUCAGAUUACACAUUAGGAAGUGCAUCUGCUUCUGGUUAUGUGGAGCUUGAAUCAACUGAAAGGUGGCUAGCAGAAUACUUUAAUGAUGCUGAGAUGGAUAUUUGUUCUGAGGAAUUCAAUUUUUCAGGGUUAGAUGAUGUUCAAAUUGAUGUUGCAGAGCUUAGUGCCGUCACACCAUCACAUGAACAAAAUGCUGUUCAAAAGCUUGUCCCUCGAACCCCCAGAAAUAUUAUCUUCAAAGGUCAAUGUGGGUUGACACAAGUUGUCAAGGAUCUGGAGACAAUUUUCAUCCUCCCCAUGGACUAGCUUGAUUCUCCCUUUGCCACCAAAUUCCUACUUGGUGUGUGGGCAACCCUUCUCUGGGAGAUCCCUUGGUGGGAAAAAAACUGCUUGUGGUUUGAGUCUGUGUAGUAAUAUUCUUGGUAGGCCUACGCUGAUUGCCCCAACAUGGUAUUAAUGUCCUAUCCGGUAGUAUUGGUGAUGUCUCCUUGUUUUUAUUAUAGUUUAUUUAUAAAAAAAAAAUGAUGUAUAGGGAUGCUUCCACAGGAUGUGAGAAGCAAGCAUGAUUUUACUGAAGUUGUUUUCAAUCCCUUAUCAUGAAGCAACAGGAACUUAUACCUAAUUUAGAUUUCUUUGAAGACAAGUUGUGACAUGAACAGAAAUUCAGACUUCUUUUCCAUGUUUAGGUAGGAAAUCUUUUAUACACACGCCUACAAAGUUGGCUUCUUCUGUGGCCUAUCCAUUUGCCUUCAUUAAACCCAGUGGUGCCCAUGGAGAUGUAACUCUGAAGGAAAUAAAUCAGCGCAUUCGAACACCGCCUCCGUUGAAAGCAAAGGAAAGCAUUGAUGAUCCAUCUGCUUACCCCAAGUCAGCCUUCUCAGGGAAGCCUGUGGUUGGUAAAACAAAAAUUCGCACUGAAGGGGGGAAAGGUAGCAUCACAAUUAUGAGAACUAAAGGUUAGGUGUAAAUUGUUCACAACUAACCUUCAGUCUCACCCAUUAAUGUGGGAUUGACUUCAUUUUCUGUAAUAUAUCUGUGACAGAUAUAGAGUUGAUACUUCAAUUAUUUUGUUCUAGUUGGCAUGCAUAUAUUACACCACCUUAGUGUUUGUUUCCAUUUGAGUCUAGAUAAUCUUAAUAGCUCUUCUUUUGGGGGUACAUGAUUUUGUUUUGAGCCAAGUCUGAUGAGAAUAUUAGUAUUUGUUGGAUCUAGAUCCUUAGUCCCCGCAAUUCACCGAGCUUGCCUCUGCUUUUGUAAUUGAAGUAUACAGAUUAUUCUAGUUUAGUGCCUUGUUUAUGAAGUUGUGCAAUAGUUUUUACUCA